GCUGUCUCCCCCGCCGCGGGACGCGCGGCCGGCGGGGCCGGGCCUGUCUCUUUCCCCUCAGUGCGGAGCCGCCGCCGGGGCGUGCGCGGCCUCAGUGGUGCGUCUGCGGCCACGUCCUCGCUGCCGCCGGGCGGAGGUCAUGGGCCGGCCGCGGCCCGCGCCGCGCCUCCGGCUGCUGCCGUUUCUGGCGCUGCUGGCGCUGCUGGCGCCCCGCGCCCGCGCCUGGGACAGCGGCGACCUGGAGCUCUUCGACCUGGUGGAGGAGGUGCCGCGGAACUUCUAUGACUUCCUGGGGGUGCAGCAGGAUGCUUCGUCUUCAGACAUUCGGAAAGCAUAUCGAAAGCUUUCGCUAAUUUUACACCCAGACAAGAAUAAAGAUGAAAAUGCAGAAACGCAGUUUAGGCAAUUGGUGGCCAUCUAUGAGGUUUUAAAGGAUGAAGAAAGGAGGCAGAGGUAUGAUGAUAUUCUGAUCAAUGGACUACCAGAUUGGCGACAGCCUGUAUUCUACUACAGGCGGGUGAGAAAAAUGAGCAAUGCUGAGCUGGCAUUACUCUUGUUCAUUAUACUCACAGUGGGUCAUUAUGCUGUGGUUUGGUCAAUCUACCUGGAAAAACAGCUGGAUGAACUGCUUAGCAGAAAAAAGAGAGAGAAGAAGAAAAAAACAGGCGGCAGAAGUGCCGAUGAAACCAAACUUUCUGCUCUGGACAAAAAUGAAAGGGUCCCAGACAAGCCACAGUGGCAUGACUUGCUUCCAUGCAAACUGGGAAUAUGGUUCUGUCUCACUGUGAAAGCUUUACCUCAGCUAUUUCAGGAUGCCAGACAAUUAUAUGUAGAAUAUAAAGAAACAAAAAUGAAGGCGAAAGAAGAUGCCCUGGCUAAGGCUGAACUUGAAACACUUCAGAAGGAAAAGAAGCCUAAAGUCAAGAAACCAAAACCAGAGUUUCCUGUAUACACAGUUCUGAAGUCAAGUGCAUAUGUACCAUCGUAUGAUCAUGGAGCUUCAAUUGAAGAGAUCGAGGAACAGAUGGAUGAUUGGUUGGGAGGCAGGAACAAAACACAAAGAAAGAAGGCACCCGAAUGGACAGAGGAGGACCUCAGCCAGCUGACAAGAAGUAUGGUUAAGUUCCCAGGGGGGACCCCAGGUCGAUGGGAAAAGAUUGCUCACGAAUUGGGUCGAUCAGUGGCAGAUGUUACCAUGAAAGCCAAACAACUGAAGGAUUCUGUUACACAUACACCAGGUAUCAUUAGGCUCUCGGAGCUUAAAACGCUGGCCCAGAAUUCCAAGAAUGUCAAAGUCAACGUGAAUUUGCCCGACCACAUAAUCACCCAGCGAGAACGGGAGGAGGAAGAGGAGGGGAACUACGGUCAGAUCCCAGAGCAGACGGAUGUCCAAGCGGAUCAGGAGACCACAGCAAGCGAAAUGAGGCACCGCAAACGGAAAAUUGUCAGAGCACCUGAAGUGACUCUACCAGCCACGAAAGAGGCACCAGAAGAGAAGGGCAGAGGAAGACGCCAGAAGGAUUUUGAUAACACCGAGCAAGAGGAAGAGAGUGAUGAUGAGAGGAGGAAAAGAGAGAAAAGCCGCGUCCCAGAAGAACUGUGGACUCAAAAUCAACAGAAGCUUCUUGAAAUGGCCUUGCAGCAGUAUCCCAAGGGAACAUCGGAUCGCUGGGAUAAAAUAGCAAAAUGUGUUCCAGGAAAGAGCAAGGAGGAGUGUAUAGCAAGAUACAAGUUGCUUGUUGAACUGGUACAAAAGAAAAAAAUGGCUAAAAGCUGAAUGCUCUGAGCAGAAGAGAUGUAGCUCAUCUUUGUCAAAAUGGGGUUUACAUCUCAUGUGCAGGAAACUGCAUUUUUGUACCUCACUAUUUCUAUACGUCAUGUGCCUUAGUAAAAGAAAAUAUUAAUAAAUAAUCUUAUACCAUCUUA